UGUACAUUACUGGGUGUGUAUAUAUGGGUGUACCUCACUGGGUAUAUAUACGUACCUGUAUGUAACUUGUGCUUAGGGACACUGCCAGAGCUGUUCUGUUUGUUCACAUCUUAUGAUAUCUAGCUGAACAACAUUCCUAUCACGAUGUCCCUGGGUUGGACGUGGAUUCUUGCCCUGACUGUCACCUGCAUCAGUCAGGCUUAUGGGAACUACCUGGUUUUGGGGCCCACGGUUUUCCGUCCCGAUUCUGAUUACAGCGUGGAAGUGAGCAUUGUAGGGGCAUCAGGCCCAGUUAAUGUGCAAGUGUCGCUCGGACAAAAGGGAAUGACUCCUGUUGCCUCCAAAACUGUCAACAUAGCAAACGAUGAUGCUAACAUGGUGACCUUAGCGAUUGGUUCCAGUGUGCCAGAUGGUACUUACGAACUGACGGUGACAGGCUCUGGUGGGUUGACUUUCACAAACUCCACUCUCGUGGCACUGAAGAAGAUGACUCAUAUGAUUCUUAUCCAGUUCGACAAAGCCAUCUACAAACCAAACCAGAUGGUUCGUAUCCGAGUUCUGUCUGUUGAUCCUGAGAAUCUGUCACUGAAGAAAAUAUCAACCUACCUCUCCAUAAGUGAUGAAAGCGGUAACAAGCUAGACGAAUUGAAGAAUGCCACCAGUGAUACAGGUGUAAUUUCCUGGGAUUACCAGCUAUCUGAUCAACCACCUCUUGGAACUUGGAAAGUCUUAGCCAAAAAUGAGGGUGGAGAGUUUGAGAAGACAUUCAAGGUUGACAAAUAUGUGCUGCCAAGGUUUGAGGUGACGGUGACUGCUAUCCCAGCAUUCAUAGUGCGCAGUAAUCCUCAGGUUACAUUCCAGGUUAAUGCCAAGUACACAUACGGAAAGGCUGUUCAAGGCUUGUACAAGAUCACUGUAGCCGGCUCCUCCAAGACAGCCAUGGUCACUGGAACAGAAGGAUCCCAUAGUUUUGUCUUCAAUACAGUUGACCUGAUCGGCAAGACUGACUCCAAUACACAUUACUAUGGUUACAAUUCACUGCAAGCAGUUGCUGAGGUCAAGGAAACGACCUCUGAUGUCACGCUGAAAGCAGACCCAUUGACCUUGAAGAUUUUCACGCACCCUAUCAAGAUAUCGUUCAGCGAAAUGACAUCUCAAGUGUUCAGACCAGGUCUUCCCGUCACUGUUCAUGUCAAGGUUACCGAUGCUGGCGAAACGAGACCUGCUACAGAAUACGUGGGUAAAAUGGUUACCCUGACGAUGACAAUAUCGGACAAAUCUGUUAAAAAGUCUAAACCCAUUCAGAGCGAUGGUACUGUGAGCACAGAGUUUGACAUUCCUGCCGGUACAAACAAGGACUUGUACAUCGAACUGAAGGCACAGAUUGACGGGGAGGCUGAUUUGAAGGUCACCACAAGGUUGACUGGAUACAAGACGUUACUUGACGCUGCCAUUGUAGUUAGUCUUGGAGAUAAUUCUGUGCAGCCUUUUGUUGUUGGAAACCAGUUUACAAUCAUAGUUGAGACGACGAAAUUGAUACCACACGUGGCCUACAUCAUGAUCUCACAGGGUAAAAUAGUGGACAGCAUGAGACUGAACAUGCAGAACUCGCAGAGAAAGACUCACCUGAUAACAGCCACUCGGUCAAUGGCGCCAAAAGCCAAGCUCAUCGUGUAUGCAAUAUACAACAAUGGAAAGGAACAGGAAGUGCUGGCCGAUAGCCUUGACCUUGACAUUAACGGAAUUUUCCAGAAUACGAUAAGACUCCAGUUCUCGGAGCGUGAGAAGCGUGUCAAGGAGAACGUGGACAUGACGAUUACAUCUGACGCAUCAUCCGACUUCUUUGUCCUUGCCGUCGACCAAAGUGUGCUGCUGCUCGAAACAGGAAAUGACCUCACCAAGCAAGGCGUGAAGAAAGAAAUUGAGAAAUUUGGUAUUGAGGAGAAAAUGGAUAAUGAUGGUCCCUUUCCAAUGCCAAUGAUGGGUUUCCGCGGUGGCUUUAUUCCAUGGCCGACCCCAAAUCCAACCGGCCCAAAGAGCACAGGAGCUCUUCUCAAGACUAGAGGUCUCCUGUCAAUGACAGACACGAAAGUGAUGCAAGAUCAGCCUCCUAGAUAUCCAGAAAUUGAUGAGAUAUUUCACGAUGAUGUUGAUAAAUUUCCACGUCAAGACAUUGGAGGCAACGUCGAUGAAGCAUCUAGUUCUAACACCGGAGGGAUGGCUGACCUGGGCAAGGCACGUACGUUCUUCCCUGAAGCCUGGCUCUGGUUGGAAGGCAAAACGGAUGUAUCUGGAAAGAAGACUUUGUCACAGGUUGUACCAGACACAAUCACAACAUGGGUGGCCACCGCUUUCUCCAUCAGCCCAAAGAAGGGACUGGCCAUCACAGAUACUGCAACAAAGUUGACUGCAUUCAAGCCUUUCUUCAUUACGAUGACUCUGCCGUAUUCGAUAACGAAGACUGAGAUUUUCCAGCUUCGAGUCACUGUGUACAACUACAUGAAGAUGAGAACAAAGGUCACUGUGACACUGCAGCAGUCGGAUGAGUUUGAGAGGAUCCAGUCGUUGGCUGAUGGAGUACAGCAUAUCCUCACGGGAGACGGAGUCGUGGACAUUGAGGUAGAUCCAAAUGUUCCGAAGGCUGUCAUAUUUGACAUACGACCAAUCAAACUUGGACUUGUUUCGCUGAACGUGACGGCUCGACCAGAAAAAACAACUGGAGAGCUUGGCGAUGUUGUGACCAGGGAUGUUCUUGUGAAGCCAGAAGGCAUCGUGAACAUGCGGACGUCUGGACAAACGGUGGAGCUUGAUGCUACGACACGCUCGUUCGACGAGACCAUCUAUCUGGCGUUUCCACCCGCGGACCAGGUUGUGCCUGGAUCACGCAGAAUUGAAGUCAAAGUGACUGGAGACAUCAUGGGACCAGCCAUAUCUGGUCUGGACAACUUGUUACAAGUGCCCACCGGGUGUGGUGAGCAGAACAUGAUUGGCAUGACACCAAACAUCUAUGUGACGAAGUAUCUCAAGUCAGUGAAUCGUCUUUCGUCGGACCAGAAGGAAAAGGCAGUCAAAAACAUGAAGACCGGAUACCAGAGAGAGCUGCAGUUCCAGAGGAAGGAUGGAUCGUUUAGUGCUUUCGGAGACAACGACAAGUCGGGCAGUACUUGGUUGUCUGCCUUUGUAUUGAAGUCAUUCGCGCAGGCUCGCAACUUCCUGUCGGGUGACGUGGUCAUUGACCCUAACGUGAUGCACCGUGCGUUCCGCUGGGUGUACAAGAGACAGAACACCACCGGCCUGUUCCGCUCUGAGGGAUUCGUCUGUCACGCAGAACUCAUGGGAGGAGCUGCAGCCGGUGAGGCUUUGACUGCCUUUGUGUUGAUCGCCAUGAAAGAUGCCGAAUACUUCCUGCAGGGGGAACAAUCCAUGCCAAAUAUCAAGACAAUGGCUGAUUCGGCAAUCGCUAAGGCUCAAAAGAAACUUGAAGAUCAGGUAGAUGCUAAUGCGAUUACGAAACCAUACGAUAUUGCCAUCGUGGCCUACGCUCUGACUCGAGUUAAUAGUGCAAAAGUUGGCGUUCUGCUCAACAAAAUAAAUGGUCUAAAGAAGCCUUGGGAGAAGAAGGACGAGACAAAGAAGCCGAUCCCCGAAGAAGGUGACGUCGUAGCGUUCGGCCACCAUUGCUGUGGACCGAAUCGCGCUGAGUCAACCGACGUUGAACUCUGGUCGUACAUCUUGCUGACGUACACAGAAAAGAACGACAUCGGCAAUGGACGGCUUAUCAUGAAGUGGCUCUCCAAACAGCAGAAUGGAAAUGGAGGGUUUAUGUCGACACAGGACACAGUGCUAGGCCUGCAGGCUCUCUCUGAGUAUGCCAUCCUGGCUGGAUCAUCAGGGCAGAGCGACAUCACACUGAAACUGACCAUAGGGGAUGCCCCGGAGGAGCAAAUCAGGGUUACCGAUGACAACAAACUCAUACUGCAGUCCACUGUGUACGCAGAUUCUGAGAUUAAAGGAGCUAUCAAGGUUUCCUCCAGUGUCAGCUCCGUAAGAAUUGUUGGAGAAGGCACCGGUUUGGCUAUCGUAAAGAUUGAUUACCAGUACAACACGAAGAAGUCGUACAGUUCACCGGGUACCGAUCCCAACUUCAAGUGUGAGAUCGAGAGUGUCAAGACUUUACCACUCAACUCGGAUACGGCCAAAUUGACUCUCUGUGUCAAGUGUGCUAGUGGUGUUGGCAUGACUCUGUUGUCUAUAAAUGAACCGACAGCGUUCACCGUGGCAAACAUAGAGGCUCUGCAGACGUCCACCGGAGUGAAGAAAGUCGAGUUGAAUCAAGGCGUCGUCGUUUUAUACAUGGACGAACCAACGGUUGCCGUCUGCCCGGAGAUUCACCUGAUGAGGACUCAGAUCGUGAUGAACGUGCAACCGGCCGCUCUCAAACUGAGCUCGUACUACAAACCAGGCGUUGUCCAGGAUUCGAUGUACGAGCUGCCGAUGGAGCUGCAAGGAGCCAACAUCUGCGACGUGUGCACGAAGGGCGAGUGUCCCGACAACUGUCCGACGAGCGGCUUUGUGCCGCGCAGACUCGACGCGUUUCUCCUCGCGGGCUGUAUCUGUGCCUUGCUCAGCCUCCUGUUCGCCAUCUAACCUUUGACCUUCUUUCUCGUGUUGUCAUCUUAUAGUGGCCAUUGUCCGGUGCUGAUAUUACCUUGAACCCACACAUUCAAGAGUUGUGAUUUUACUGUGACGGUGGUCAUCUCCAAAAUUCUGAUAUUUAUCUAUCUGGAAUUGGCACACCAGUGUUUUUUAGAAUUGUGUUUUGACCUUGAACUUGCUCUUCAGAUGGUUUAACCUUGAUCUUAAUUUUAAAAAAAACAAAAAAAACAAAUUGGAAUUGGAAUUGUUUUCACCUGGAAAAAACUUUUUAAUUUUUAUCCUUGAAUCCACUUUCUAAAAUAGUAUACACCUUGAACCACCUCAAAUGUUGAUUUAAGCUCAACUCAAAUGUUAUGAUUAAGCUCAACUCAAAUCUUAUGAUUUUAACCUUGUACUGACUAUCCAGAAGUUUCAUUGUACUGUCGGUUUUAUGAAUUUUAACCAUUGAUUAUGUUCUUUUAAAGUAAUAUAUUUCUAAUCCAAUUAAUAUUGUUGGGUAAUUUUAGUUUUUAAAUUGUCUUAUAUUACUUUAAUAUUUUAACAUUUAUUUUAAAUGAAUUAUAUUAUUGAAAUAUGUUUAUUAAAAUAUAAUAAAAGAUAUUAUUUAUUUACAAGGAACCAUUAUUAAAAUAUAAUAAAAGAUAUUAUUGAUUUACGAGGAACCAUUACCAUUUGAAUACCUUCUAAGAUGGUGGUUUUUUUCUUCUGAAACUAGUAACAUAAAUCUCAUGGAGGAGUCUGGUAAAAUUAUUUUUGAUUGUAUUUUGUUUUCACUGUCAACAUUCCUGUAAUAUUUUCUUGGUUUAUUAACCUUCAGAUGGGUGUUUUUACCCAUUGUUUUAAUAACAAAUUGUUGCAGUGUUAUAUAUUGAAAUUUGUAUAUGUAUAUUUUGGUUCGACAUGGCUGGUAUAACACGCUAUGAAUGUUCAAGAUUUCUUGCUGUUACCUGGUUACAGUUUGUUGCCUGGUUACAGUUUGUUGCAUAUUGUACAGAUUUUAUAUCAUUGUUUCAAGGUCACACAUAUUUUUUUACAAAUUGAAAAAUCAUUUUAAUAAACAGUGCUCAAUUUCCCAAAUAUCCCCCACAAACACAACAUUUGUUUUGGUGUAAAUAAUUAAAUAGUAAAAGUUUUAAUGAAUUUGUUUUGGGGUUUUCCAAGUUCAUAAAGGCAUUGAAUUUUAGCAGAAUUUGUUUUGUUGAAAGCUGGAUUUCUGUUUUUGUGCCUUCUAAAAAGUGUCUUAAAUCUGUUGUUGAUGUUCCAACCUCUACUAUUAUUAGACUUACAACCAUGUACUUAGACAUAGCACAUAAUAUUUAGUUUUACUUGCAGACAUAACAUAGCACUAGAUAAAACACUGGUAUCUGUACCAUUACAUAGUUGUAUUAGUAUAAUAUUUGUAAGUAAAAUUUCAUUAAGUUUGUGAACUAUUCCCCCGCAACUAAUUCACUUUCCAUAUUUGAUUGGGAUUUUUUUUUUUAAUUCAAUUUUCACAAACAUUUGUUUUAAAUUGGAUAGUCAAUAAUAAUUAUUAUUAUUCAAAAAAUUAGUUAAAUGCUAUACAAAUGUUAUAACUCACUAGUGAAAAUAAAACCAUUUUCACCUGAAAAAUAUAAUCAAUGCACAAAGAACCAACCAGUUAAAUAACAACUGAGAGUUUUUAAUAAUUUUGUUGGUUCUUUAAAAACAGUUUAAUUUUGUGCUCAUUUUAAUAUUUCACAACUCAGUUUGUUGUUUUUAACUCGGGGAGAAUUAUCAAACUUUUGACAUCAUAUAAAUGGCAGACGGCCAUUUUAGUUUUGAUUUAUUCAUAACCUAGUUGCUUUCUGUUAACGAUAUCUGACAUAGAUUGAAGUUAUAGGGUUUUUCUAUGCUUGUUAAUGUUUAGUUUCAUGUCACACAAACACAACUUACGUUUCGAUUGUAGACUUCUUUUCAUGAGAUAUAAAUUUCCUAUUAUGUAUUCACUUUCUAAUUUUUGACAAUGAAUCCAAAACAGUCAACUUUAAAACAUUUAUCACAUUAUUGUAACGUUUGCAAGAUAAUUAUCUUGAUUUAUUUUUAUGUACUAGAUUGUGUAAAAAAAAUAAAAUGAAGAAGAAAAUGGCCGACUAGGUCGUGAAAUAAAUCAUGGUUUGUUAUGUAUGUUUUGUCCUUGGAUGUUGAUUAUGCCUACAGUUACAAUGCUUUACAGUUGUUAAAUUUGUUCCUAUGCACAAUUGUUGCGUUUCAGACUUCAUGUCAGAAUUUUUUAAAUGUUAUCUACAAACAGCUGAAUUCAGGACCCAGUUUUUACAAGCACAAACUCACCUUGUUUUAACCAACUUGAACAAAUACUAAUUUACUCCAGACUUGUAAAUCAUGUGGUCGUCAUUUGAAGGCAGCAUAAGUUUACUGUUGUAUCAUAUGUCAUAAUAGUGUAAACAAUAUUGUCACGUUUUUCAUGUCAUUUCAGAUGGUUCCGAAAAUAUUAAAGAAUUCGAAAGUAUAUCACUUUUUGUUUGUUUUCAUGAAUUAAGUCCCCUGUUAUUACUUUUAAUCCAAUACUCUUAGCAUUAGAACUCCAAGUCCUACUCUUAAUAUUAAAACUCUAAAGCCCACACUUUAUCCUCAAAUUUUACAAAGUUUUAAAAUAUAUAUAUUAUAUAUGAAAAUUGUGUAUUGCUGAUGUAUUUAUUUUUUAACAUGAUUAUGAUGUAGGCGUAUUCAUUUUUACAAGUAACUUAAAAGUUUUUAUUAUUACUGUGUAUCUUCGGGAUUUGGUCUGGGUUUGUACUGAAAAUAAUAUUGUAUAUAUUGGAAAAUUUUGUAAAAUAUAUUCGUGUUCGCAAAAGAUUAUAUUCUAUAGUUUGCAUUAACAUAACUUUUUAUCAUGUAAUUUUAUUGAGAUGGUUCACGUAUGAAAAUUUUUAAUGUUUUAAAUUAUUUUUAUUGUGUAACAAACAUUUUUGCAUGAAAUCUUGCUGUUGGCAUCCUGCAUUAAGUAAAACAAUGCUACUGAUGGAAAAUGUAGCAGGUUUCCUCUCUAAGACUAACUGUCAGAAUUACCAAAUGUUUGACGCCUAACAGCCAAUGAUUAAUAAAUCAACAUGCUCUAGUAGUGUCAUUAAAAAAUUACUAGUAAAUAGAUUUUUAGCUGUGAUAAUGAUUCAUUUUAAGUGUUUUUUGUGGUUGCCCCCUGACAUGGAUUAAACAGAUUUCACCCGGUAAUUUUUACGUUAAGUUGUGGAUGCAUUUUGUGGUAUUUUAUUGUUGAGCUUUUAAAUGUUUUCAUAUGCAGUGAUGCCUAAAAAAGGGUUUAGUGCCUUUGUGUUCCAUCUGUUUUUAAUAAAUGAAUAUUGUACCAAACAUA